AUAGACUAAAAUAAAGUUUUGACAAGCGUUUUCGAUUCGUGAUUGUUGUGCGUAAGUAAUCUACUACGUACUUCUUACUAGCUUUUUCUAAUGAUCUAACGGACUGGCUUAACAAGAUGAUAGCAUUUUGUUUCAUCUAGAAAUUGUGUUUCAUCUAGAAAAUGUUAGGAACAAGUAUUCCACAAGGCUCCAUCUCCGGAGGUCUUCGAGGAGCGGUGACGCGCUCGAAAGUAGGACGUCUUUCACGAACAAAUCAACGACGCCGUGCCUUUACGACUUUCGGAGUGCUGGGUCGGGAUGAACGGGGCACCGAAAUAAAAACGCACUCGUGGCAAAGUGACCGGGAGUUCGCUGCAUAUUUGAGACACUUGACUUAAGGCUUAUAGUUAUAAAGUGCGAUUAAAUGGUAACUAAUGGUUAUUUCACCACACUUCUAGUGAUAGUGUCUGUCAGCACAGGAUGAAGUAGUAGAACUACCAGUGAUGAAGAAUAUUCGUGCAAUUCGUGUUGUAACCGCUAAGAAAUACACGGAAAGACGAAAACAAGCGGUAACAAAGGCCUCGAUCACCUUCUAGACCCGAAAGCUGUUGGGCUAACCAAUGCACGUCAAUCAGAGUCAACUCCUGCUCAAAAACAGGAGGUGACAUCUACUGCGGAGAAUAUAAUUAAGGCUAGUUUAUCACUAUCGCAUUCGCAUGUGAAGUAUGCUGAGAAUGGGCUCCCCCUUGCUUUAAUAGAGGGGGAAAGAGGGAACCCACUCAGCCAGGGAACAAAGUGAAGAACUUGUGCAGCUAAGAACAAUGCAACAGUUGAGACGAGUGAACAAAUCAAGGCUUUUGCUUCGGGGCAGAGCCAGGAGUCUUCACAGGCCAAGAAACCGAUAAAUGAGCGAAAUGCAUUUUUUGCCGUUUUGUUGAAGAAACUCUGUAGUGGUAGUAGUCCGCACACCUCCACUGCCGAAGGAGCGGAACAGCAAACCGGCUAUGCGACACGGGCACUAGCAAUCGUUCGCAGUGAGCUAUCAGCCUCGAAGUUCGCGCAGUUCGUAGAGGCAUGCGAUCACAGUGGCAUGCAGGAGCCGUGGCUUCGCGAGGCAAUCGCUCUCUGUCCGGCUAUCAUACAGCUCCACCAGAAGUCCUCCACUACUACAGGUUCAUCUUCUGAAAAUUUUUUUCACAAUAUUCUGCGCGCAGCUGCUGUUUUCGGACGAAACAACUUGUAUCCAGGAGACGUGCUAGAUUUUGUGACCCAGGAACACAUGUCGUUGGGUCCUUUGGAAAUGUCGCUUUUGCUGCAAGAGACCGGACGCCACGGGUUGCGAGCGAAGCAUCUAGCUGAUAGUGUUGUGCACCGAGCGGCAGAGCUGGUCAGAACAAGGCAAAUGACGGAUUUACGAGAGGUUCUGCGGUGUUGCGAGGGGCUGUGUCGAUUCACGCGAGAUUGGCAGAUAUUUUUUCACUCUUCGGCGCCUCUGGUUCGCUCGAACUUGUUGCGAUUGGAUACGAAGGACCUGCUCUUAGUCCUACGGUUUUCGAGGGAGUUGCGACAGACGGUUCCGUUGUUCCUAGAAUUGCAAAGAGAUGCGUGCUCUUUGCUCAAGGAAAAAACGACGUCCGAAACUGCGAGGUUGAAGUGCCUAAGCAGUGAGGCGGCUGAUGGAAAAGACCUUGGUGAAGACAUGAGAAUAUCGAUUGUUAAGGCAACAACAUCAAGACCACUAUAUUAAUAGCAACAACGUCGAGCACGACCACCUUAUAACUAAGUAUAAGUUUAACUUGGUACUAACAAUUUUCGCAUGCUACUCAAGCACUCUAAAAAUAGCAACAAAUGGUGCAUCUUUCCAGUCAAAGACGUCGUCCUGAGUACUCAUAGAAGGUUUUCUACUCUAGUACACACUUGAAAAGCCUGAGAAGUGAAUGCACUUACUCUUACUCUAAUGUUGCGGAUGCAAUCCGGUCUCUGCAAGACGUGCCUUUUGACAAGCGGUUCGCACGCAGUGUGGGCGACUACGUUUGUGCGGUCGAGGAGUUGCUGUUUAGUUAUACACAGGGAAAGAGCCUAGUCUUAAGGAGCAGGCAGUAGCAGUUGUUUCACCAUAGGGUACUAAGUGCUUUCGAUAUCAUCUCAACGAUUGAGACCUUCAUGCUGAAGCUGACUACGUACGUACAUUCAGUCAAAGUUUGAUUUAUCUUUUCGAUGUCAUCUCGAUGAAGAUGGACAUUUUGCUUCACGCUGACUAUAACACGCAGUGGCUCUACUAAAUCAAAGUUCAGAUGCACCACCACAAAUACGUAAGUAGACGUAGCAAGCAUUCUUGAAUGAACAUCAUGUAGUUAGGUACUCGCUAAUCUUAGAGGAUUUAGACCGAGAUCCGAAUUUUGGGAACACAGUCGAUCUCGUUCGUGCAUUCGAUGCUCUUACUAGCUGGUCGGCUGGUACAUCUACGUCUGCAGAAGGACUUGAAGCUUCUGAAGGGGGUGGGGAGGCAUCGUCAUCAUCUGGAGCACCAGGAGUAGGCAAGAUAGAAGACCAAGACUCCUCCGAACAUCAAAUUCAAAUAUCAACAACACAAGAAUCACCCUGCUCUAGAAGACAUGCGGUCCAGCAUUUUUUUGGAUCGCUCUUCGCACAUCGAAUUGCAGAGAUCAAAUAUUCAGCCAACGUUUCUCUCUUCCAGUCGAUCACGCAGUCCUUGAGUCGAGUUGGCCACUUUCACCAAGAGUGGAUGGAAGCGCUUACUCCUGUAGUGCGAGACAAGUACAUGCUGGAUCGCAUCUCCUUCUUUCAGCAGUGCACCUUGCUCGCUAGUCUGGCGAAGUUAUGGUUUGCUGUAGCUGUCAAUGUCAUAAUGAAGCUUAUUAAAUCGAGAAAGAUUAAAUGUCUAGUAGAUAAAGAUCUAAGUCAUUGUUGAGUACUAGCAUGGUCAGGUUCUUGUUGACGUUAUCGGCUUGUCUUUUUGCCAAGGGCAACCUUGGCAACGGUAAGUGCUCUCUUCUAUCACUCAGAUAUUCAUGAAAAGAGUUAGAGUGAGAUGAUUUUGCUUUCAUUGUUCCUGCGAUUCCGCGAUGACGAGACGUAUGAAUCGUUGGCCUUCAUGCUGUGGCAGGAGAAGGAGCUCUUCAAGGAAAUCGAGCACAUUUCGCCAGUCGUGUGGAGCCUAUGCCUAGUGCAUGUGGAGAGUCUUUUGCACGCCAAGAAUUCACCGCUCGAGCAUCUCUCUGUACAGGGGGACCGCUCUCAUGCGCAAGCAGGUUGUACUAGCACGACUUCGGUGGAAGAAAUCGCACGUUUAUUGGAGGAAAAAACACUUCUUUUGCCGUGUGAAGAUGAUCCUACUACUGAAGAUACUUCUAGUUCUUGUGCGUCUUCCUCUGAAGCCACAAGACCGAGUGAGAAAGAGAUUUUCUCUUCUUCGCCUCAACAAGCGGCAUUGUUUGACUUCGCUUUAGACUUCGUUUAUUCCCGAAUGGCGGCUCUACGAUCGGCUUCAAACAGCAUCAAGACAAGGCAUCAAAACAAAGGCUCACCGUCAUCGAUGUCCCAAGUCUCUUUCAUCGCACUAACUCAAUGUUGUUGGAGCUUCGUUCUCGCCGGUUAUCAUCGUAGUGCUGCGUCACAACGACAGCAAAAGACUUGCGAAUUGCUGGACGCUGUUUUCACGAGACAGAUAAUGCGGGAUGAUCCGUACAGUUCGCAAGCACCGAAAUUAGAAAGACUGAGCCAAAUUGCGCACUUACUUCAUGCCGAGGGACAAGGAGCUAGCCACGACGACUCGGACGCCGUUACUGGACUUCUCUCAUCUGCGGGUCAAGAAAGACUAAAAAUGCACCUAGGUGGCGGUGCGACUGAGGAGCCGCGAAACAUGAAACUCCAACAUGAAACUCCAACGUCAGACGAGACCAAGAACAGUUUUCGCUUAGUGGGUGAGGGCGUUGUGGUGCGUGGUGUAAAAUGCGACUUGCUGUUCGUUGCACAAGAAGAUGGGGAGAAUACCAAAACCAAAGAUGCUAGCUCGAACUCCAACCGUUAUUAUGCCGUUUUUCGCAAAGCGCCAGACGCACAUCAGGCUUUUUCCCGACGGAUUUUGGCAGCACAUGGAAUCGAUUCACGACACGUCGAAAUCGGUAGUAAAUGACGAGGAUGUGACGGUAUCUACACGAGGUGGACUAGGACGUAAAUGACGAGUAUGUGACGGUAUCUACACGAGGUGCACUAGGAUGUAAAUGACGAGGAUGUGACGGUAUCUCCAAUAGGCUGCCACAUAGUUGAACGCAUGUCUACCAUCUACACGAAGACUAGGACUAGGAGAACGAAAAAUGAUAUCGGGAGUAUUUUUGUAGGUAAACGCAAAGUUGUGAUUCGAAAGAGAUAAAGGAAAUGAACACAAGCAGAGUUCGCAGAUCGUGAAUUUUAAGAUGAAUGAAAUGAACAAGUGAUGAUCAGCUACGCCCAGAAUGAAGAUGAUGAUCUAGUGAAUGAUGCCUAUGAUGAAUGGUACCCAUAAGGCAGGAUCUCUGCGGGAGUUCAAUUGCUAUAAAACAAAUAAAAAGACAACUAGAUCAUCUUGCCUAUACUAUAAGUCUUGCAUGUGAG